UUCAAUGUCGUUGGUUUGUACAAUUCUAAGCAAUAGUAAUCGGCCGUUGGGAAUGUGGGAGUCUUCCAGGAGACAUGGGAAAACAUAAAAUUCGAAAGUUUGCUUAGAAACUAAAAGGAAACAAAGAAGACAACCAUGACGAACUCCCUCCGAUUACCGGUAUCCUUUCUAGUUGCCGCAUUGGUGCUGCUUGUAGGCCCAGUGUCUGGCCAGAUCCGAGGAGCCACAACAGGCGACAAGAUGGCAUCAGCUCUUCGUAGCAGAAGGCUCAUGAACAACAACAACAUGGGCGGCAUGGACGACGAAGGAGAGUCCAUCAGCCUGGCUGAUGGAGGGGACACACUACCGGAGGUGUACGAUGGCGUCUUACUAGAAGAAGAAGCUACCGCCGGCCCUUCUGCAGGGGUGGCAGAAGUAGACGUGGAGACGGAAACGCCCACCAUGGAAGAUACCGAAACGGAACCGCCAGCAACGGAUCCACCAGUGGAAGUUAUCGAAACGGAGCCGCCAGCAACAGAUGCACCAGUGGAAGUUGACGAAACGGAUCCACCAGCAACGGAUCCACCAGAAACAGACGCACCAGAAAUAGAAACAUCUGCACCUGGUGCUAAUGUGUCGGUGUCGAUCGAAACUCCUCCUGCAUCUGUGGUUGCAAAGUUCCCGGAAAACGAAGAACGAGGAGAUUUGUCGGACAUUAUUGACACGGCUCUGGCCUACAAUCGAUACAAGACACUCUUAUCUCUGCUCAAGUGGACGGGCUUGACAGUGUCCCUCCAAAGAGCCGACGAAUAUACACUGUUCGCCCCCAAUGACGAUGCAUUUCCCGCCCAGGGUGAUGACCUGGACUUUUUUCUGGAGCAAUUGGGCACUGAUCAGAUGCUGACUCUUCUAUCCUAUCAUGUGGUCCCAGGCACAGUUACAGCACUUGUCGACGGUGACACCCUGAUCACACUGGAAGGAACACCUUUGCAAAUAACUGUGGAUGACACCGGAGCGUAUGUCAAUGGAAUAGCUAUUUCUCCCGGUGUGUUUGCUGGAAACGGCAUUAUCUAUGAGCUGGAGGAAGGAUUCCUCAUACCCUGAUUGCCCUAAGGAAGAAUGAAAGCAAGCAAGAAAGCAAGGAAACUUUGCGUAGAGAUAGUUGCGAGGCUGUUGGAUAUUGUUUGUUCCAGUUAGAUGAGACAGCAGCGAGCUAAGUGUUAUGUGUAGCUAUAAGGUGAUAGGAUAGAGAAUUAGUGACCAACUGCACCAACAGCACCCCCGGCUAGCUAGCUAUUGCCCGACUAACCAGUUGCUUCGCUGAGAUGGAGAACUACCGGUAUGCCAUGAACAGAAACAAAGAGCUGCUGUCUGCGGGUGGUUGGCUUUUUGAUGAGGAAACCUCCCUACCACUGGAGUUGUGGCUGCAGUAGCUAGCUACUACCUAGCUACUACCUAGCUAGUAGAGAGGUAAGGUAGCUAGCUAGUAGUAGGGCUCCUACCGGUAUGGUUGGUAAAUACAUGUGGUGUGCUGCCAACCCUCCCAACUAACCAUAAAUCUGGCGCUACGAGGAGCGAUAUUUAGCGGGGAGCGAUUUGAUACUAAAAGUGUACAAUUUUCGAACCACGCACGUAUGAGCGGCGGGUCGACCCGACCGCCUGUACAAAAUCAAGGAUGUUGGACGCUUCUGUUGCGGCUGAGCAGC